AUGGGUCUGUCGGCGGAAAGCAGCAGUCUCGAUGUCCUGCCUCCAGUUUUACAUCACGGCUUGAGGGCCGUUGUCUUACUCUCGUCGCUCUCUUUGAUUUCUUCCUCGUUGCUUUUCACGCAUCUUACCUUGAAGCUAAUUCGAUAUUGUAUCAAAAAGAGGAGGACCGAGGCACAGGCGCAAGCACUCCAGGGGAGCCGGAACAAAACGUUCAGACCGGUCUCUAUGGAUCUGGAGUUGGUGCUGGAACAAGCAAACCUUGGACCAGUCUCGAGAAGUCAGCGUGUGCCAAAACCCGCUGCAAAGAGUGAGCCGGAACAGUGUCCCCCUCCGAACCAGUUCGUGGUGCUCUUCCACAGCCUUCUGUUGGCAGACCUCCACCAGGCCAUCGCCUUCUUCCUCAAUAUCGUAUGGGUGGCGAGGGACGGCAUCUUCGCGGAAUCGCCGGCCUGCUGGGCCCAGGGCCUGUUCAUCUCCAAUGGCGACCUCGCCUCCAGCUGCUUCAUCUUUUCAAUUGCCUUACACACGUACUUGUCGCUUGUACGAGAGUACCGCCCGCCACAAAUGGCAUUGUAUGCCUGGGUGGCAGGGACCUGGGUCUUCGUCUACGUCGUCGGCCUGGCAGGUAUUGUUUUCACCAACAACGGGAGAGAUGUCGGCGGUUACUUCGUACGCGCUUCAGCCUGGUGCUGGAUUAAUGAAGAGUACGAGGAGCUUCGCCUUGUCACCCAUUACCUUUACAUCUUCUUAGCCAUCGUUUGCACCUCCUUACUUUAUUUUGCAAUAUUCUUCAGCCUCCGAGCUCGCCUUGUCCACCAGAAGAGUGGAGUUGUCCCCAGCAACGGCCAAGGUCAGCGGCCAGCGCUCAGACACAAAGCCUCGCUGCUCAGCGUAAUGUCGACAUCGUCUCUGCCAUCGUCUUCGCCGCGGGAGUCCCAGGUGGACAAGCAGUGUCUGAUCAACGCAGACCAUCACCCGGCCUUCCUCAUAUAUCCCCUCAUAUAUGUGUUGUGCACCAUGCCGUUGGCCAUUGGCCGCAUUGCGGCCAUGACAGGCGUCGACGUGCCUCUCGGGCUCUUUUGCGCGGCCGGCGCCUUGAUCGUGAGCAACGGAUGGCUCGACGUGCUUCUCUGGGGGACGACGAGGCACACGAUCGUCUUUGGCCGUCUCGAAGACGCAGACGCGCUCGGACUAGACACGUUUGACUUCAUGCGGACACCUUCAGACCGCAGGUUUGGAAACUUUGUGUGGGUCCAAGGCGCCAGCGACAUGCCAACCGGUCGCUCCGACGAGCCCACACGGAGAAGCCGCCCAUGGUGGAGGCCGGUGGGCGAAACUCUCGGGAGGGGUGGAUCUGGGGUCGGGAACGGAUCACGAAGCGAUCCUCGUGGAUUGUGGGAAGAUCGAGACCCAGGGGUCCCAGCUCGGCCACCACCUGGGAAGACUUACCGCCUGAACCGAACGGACAAGGCGAGUGACAUGUGGGCAAGCAGCGAUAAAUCACCAGUGAGAUGCAUGUCCCGGAUGAGCGGGCCCGACGUGGGCAUGACCAUCCAGAUGGACACGAUGGUGACGGUUGUCAAAGAGGACAGCUCCAGCUCCGACUCCGUCGUCAGCCCCAGCCCCAGCCCCAGCUCCGUCACGAGGUCCAACCCUGGCGAGCUGGGCCCGUCGUACUCGGUGAGCGGCCCAGAAAAGGAUGGAUACCUCUGA